UAACUCUGGGCAUUUUGCCUUAUUUCUUCCUUUAUUCGAGGACUGAGACGCUACUACCCAAGCCAUGACUUUCGUCAUUUCCUGUUGCCAGUUGGUAUUCGACGUGCCGGCAUCAUGACGACUCUGCUUAGAGACUUGACGAUAGACACGGUUGCUGUGGUGCUCCGCAGAACCAUACUCAACCCUGGGCUCACUGCCCCGGUGGCAGCAGCGGUUACUUGGAUGUUAGAACCCGACACGUUCGGUUCCCGUGGAUUGCACACAAGCCUUUUUCAACUUGGCCUGGCGGCAUGGAUUCUUACGGCGGUCGGUCUGGUUCUGCGGCUCCACGAGCAGCUGAACAUGUGGACCGCCAACAAUUGGACAAGAGACAGCACCUGGGACUGGGACAAGGAGAUCGUGCUCAUCACCGGAGCCAGUAGUGGUAUCGGCGCCACCAUGGCUCAGCAACUUAUAGCCCGGAAUCAUCGUACGAAGGUCGUUGUCGUGGAUUACGUUCCUCUCACUUGGCAGCCGAUACCAAGGUCAGAUGUCCGGUACUUCAAAUGCGACCUUAGCGACCAAGCCGCCAUCAGGGACCUAUGUGAUCGUGUCAGACGCGAAGUGGGAGACCCGACUGUUCUGGUUAACAACGCUGGCCUCUCACGCGGGUUCACGGUGCUGGACGGGACUUAUGCGGACGUCGAGCUGACGAUUAACACGAACCUGGUCGCCCCUUUUCUGCUGGUUAAGGAGUUUCUCCCGCAGAUGGUGGAGUCGAAUCACGGCCAUAUCAUCCACGUGGGUUCUAUGAGCUCGAUGAUGCCGCCUGCUAGGAUCGCCGACUACGCGGCCACGAAGGCCGGCUUGAUCGCUCUCCACGAAGCCCUUCAACUCGAACUCAAGUACAUCCAUCAAGCGCCCAAGGUGCGUUUGACCCUUGGGAUUUUCAGCUUCAUCAGGACGCCCCUGUUCAGGGGCCAGACGGGUCAAUCGUAUUUCUUGUUCCCGCUUCUUGAAUCGGAGACAGUGGCCCGGCGUCUUGUGGACACCCUCUACAGCGGCCUCGGGAAGACGAUAUACUUGCCCGGCAUCAUGCGAUACGUGGCGAUGCUGCGGGGUGGUCCUGAGUGGCUUUUGAAGAUGUCCAGAGAGAAAACCCAGAAGAUCAAGGUUGAUUACGUGGGUUACCAAAAGGUCAAUAGCAAGACUGGGAAGUUGGAACCCCCGGGAGGUAGCAGUUUGGACUGA